AUGUCUCAAGCUGCAAUGCCGCCACCUGAUGGUAUAGUUGCCGACUUGCAGCAUCCUACAGAUGUCAUUCGGACGAUAAACUUCGUCACGCAGGCGUUAACUCUUACGUCUUGUUCCUUCUUCGUCUUCAUCAGAGCGCUUCACAGAAUUAGAGUAGUCGGUUUGGACCUUGCCGUUGAUGAUUAUCUUACAUUCAUCUCAUGGAUUCUCAUGCUUGGUUAUUGCGUCUGUGGUAUUCUCCUUUUCAUGGAGGAGGGUACCACAUGUGGGAAGUGCCUGCAACAGGAGUUUUCCACUAUUUCCAGGUAUGCAGCGUAUGCCGCUACAAUCUUCUACGCCCCGAUGACUCUUUCCAUCAAACUUAGUCUUCUCUCCCUAAUUGCACGAAUCUUCGCCCCUUAUAAAAGGCGAGUACAAGGCAUCAAAGCCCUCGGAGGCUUGUUGAUCCUCUACUACAUCAUCUCUCUUAGCUUAAAGAUUCGAAUCUGUUGGCCUAUUUCAGCCUACUGGAAAGGACAGACGGAAAAAUGUCUCAAUCAGUCUGCGGUCAUCACUGCCGACUCGAUCAUUAGCACGGUGACUGAUGCGAUCAUUCUCGUCCUUCCCUUACCUUUGACCUGGUCUUUACAGCUCCCACGCAACAAGAAGCUGCGCGUCAGCGGCAUGCUGGCUGUUGGGGGUCUUGCGACCGCCUUUAGUGCGUGGCGCCUGCAUCUCAUUCUGACGGAGGGCAAGUCGCCUGAUGCCACCAUAAUCUUCGUUCAGAUUGUCCUAUCAGGCAACGCUGAAGCUGGAAUCGCGCUCAGCUGCACCUGCCUUCCAGUUUUGGUUGCACAAUUCAAUAUCUUGAAGACCGGCGUCGGUUAUGGCUCUUCCCGGGCUACCGGACUUAGCAAUAACACUUCUGGUACCCACAAAUUGUCGGCUUUCAAUCUCUCUCGCCUUAGUAUAGGCAAAGAGAACAAUAAGGUCGAUCUGGAAGACUCAUCCGAUGAAGCAGAGUUGGUGAGUCAUGCUCAAGGGGGAUUUUCACUGGAGCGGGAUAUUGCGCAAUCCGGUGGUAUCAUGCGCACGGUCGAAGUAACGCAUACGGUCACCUACGCGACGAGCGACUUCGAAGCGGACAGCGAAGUCAAGGGCCGGUGA